AGAUUCCCCGCCCAAACAGAGCAGAGGGUAACCAAACCAGUGAGCAACGGUGCAUACUUAGCUAGGUGCGCCAAGACCAACGCAUACGAGAAGGCGAGAGCUCCUUAAACUAGUCAAGUACCGGACCCUGCAAGAAGAAUAUCCAGCUCCGCCACAUACACCUAGCUGUUACCAACGAUGGUAACUAGGGUCAGACUGCCUAUAAAUGGGGCUCCAUGGGAGUAGUCGCAAAGUUCGUCCCCGUAUGAUUGCAGGGAACUACUAACUGAAGAUGGAGAAAGCGUUGCUCUGUCUAGUCUUGAUCUUGGUAGCCUCACUGGGCUGCAAGGGUGAUCCAGAUAUUGUCACAGAAGGCGACUACGUCAGGAUCAAACGUAGCUUGUUGGCGAUCCUGAUCGUGUUCCCCGUCAUGAUGCUGGCCCUCGCCCUCGCCAUCGUCAAGUACCUGACGCCCAGGGGAAGAUCAGCCGAUGAUACCAUCGGCUCCUCCGAUGACGAGACGAAGGUGCACGGCGGGGAGGUGAUCAACCGGUGGUCGGGGCUGUACAGGUUCACCAAGGCCGAGAUCGAGCGGGCGUUGGACUACGCCAACAGCCGGAUCUACCUGGGCUCCGGCAGCGCGGGGCAGGUGUACCAGGGGGUGCUGCCCAGCGGCCAGCUCGUGGCCAUCAAGCACAUCCACCGGACGGCCAUGUCCGGCUCCUUCACCAGGGAGGCGGACGGGCUGUCCAAGGUCAGGCACCCCAACCUCGUCUGCCUCUUCGGCUACUGCGACGACGGCAGCGACCAGUACCUCGUCUACGAGUACUGCGCCAAUGGCAACCUUGCCCAGAAUCUUCUCAGAAGUGACUCUGUGCUCUCAUGGCCAACAAGGGUGAAGAUCCUCAGGGACUGUGCAUCUGUCCUGAGGUUUCUUCACACACACUCCGAUGGAUGCAUUGUACAUAGAGACAUUAAGCUUACCAACAUCUUGCUGACAGAGGACAUGGAGCCUAAGCUGUCUGAUUUUGGGCUGGCAAAAAUGCUGCAAAUGGAGGAGACCAAGGUCUUUACAGAUGUGAGGGGAACCAUCGGUUACAUGGACCCUGAGUACAUAACACACUCCAAGCUUACUUGCGCAAGUGAUAUCUACAGCUUUGGUGUGGUUGUGCUGCAGCUUCUGUCAGGAAGAAAGGUCAUAGAGCUUGACAUUGUUGCGCGCGAUUCUCUCACCAAGAAGGCCAAAGAUGUUGUAACUGGGAAAAAACCACUGGAUGAAUUCAUAGACUCGCGUGUUCGAGAUGAAGUUAAUAUCGAAGAUUUUGUAUUGAUAUUAAAGAUUGGAGUCCUCUGUGUGGCACAUUCUAGCGUAGGGCGUCCAACAAUAAAAGAUGUGUACGAGGAGAUGGACAAAGCAUGGAGAAAUACAAACACAAAGGCUACUAGGUCAAGGAAGGAGAUAAAUUCGUCAAAUACAGUACAGUAUGCAAAAGUGAUAGAUGUGUAGUUCACAUUUUGUCCAAACCAAGAAGAACAAUGGCGUGGAAUUUGCAAGAGCAGACUCUUCACAUGAACUGCAGAAGAUGCUUAAUGCCAAAGCUAUGCAAAAGGGGUAUUGCACUUAUGAACUGUGAUAUUGGCAGCCUUAAGAUUGGUUCCACUUCCACGUGGAUGCAUGCUAUUCCCUCUAGGUUUUCUACAUACUUAGUUGUAUAUGCACAGUACAAAGAGCAUGAAACGGUAACUUCCGAGUGGAAGUUCAGUUAUGUAAUUCACUACUUGGCGAAACCUAACACAGGGACACAGCAUGAUAGGGUGGUUUCCGUCAAACUGUCCUAAAGUGUACCUUCCAGGCCCAAUACAAAAGAUUGCGUUUCUGUUCA